UUAUCGCUGUGUUGUGCAAUGAAGGGACUCCUCCAGCCAUAAGACUUCAAAUCCUUAUCAAAGCACGUUUCCAAGGCAUUGCUCUGAAAACUACACGUAAACGAUCAUGAUUUCAUCCUUGCUUGUUAUUUUUGGGGCAAGCACAACUAUUUACUGUCAAAACCAUGGACACCAUGAGUUUACAGAGGCCCAGUACCAACAGCACAUAACCGAAUUAUGGACGGGCAGUAACUAUGACAACAAUGACGUCCUCUCACUGGUGGAACUCCAUGACGUAUUUGUCCACUAUGACACAAACAAGGAUGGAACGAUCACACGCCACGAAUACACAAAUCUCAUAAGUUCACAGGCACCAGAUCUGUCGAGCUAUGCGCAUGCGCUCUAUGAUAUAUACGACGCCAAUGGUGACCACCAUCUAGGAAUGCAAGAUCUUGAUGCACUCUACUCCAAAAUGGAUAGUGAUGGAGAUGGUACCGUAAGCAAAACUGAUUUCUAUACGUUUUGGAACCAGACCCUACAUGCUCUCGCUCAUCUACAUGGGCAUGGACAACAUCUUGUUGGAUAGAAAUUUCAGCAA